UAGGUCGAUGCCAUCUCAGAAGUGAUAAUAUCUAAAUUAAGUAAAAAUGUUAUAUUCUAGUUAAAGUUUUAAUAAUCUUAUGGCUUCGGGACUUUCCGCUUAUUGUGAAUCGUGACAGAAUAGUAAAGAGUACUGAAAAAACUGUUCGUUUUUUGUUUUUAGUCCCUCUAACAAGACAUUCGUAAAUAUUUAUAUUUUUAUCAUAAAUUUUGCAAAAAAAAUUUCAAUAAAGACAAAAACGUAGUUUAAAUGCUGAAAAGUUGCGACUGAGUAAUUAAGAUGUAAUUGACUUUUAUUCAGAUUCGGCAGGAACGAGGUCAAAUAUUGCAAAUAUGGAGUCGACAAUAAUCUAUGUUUGCAAUAUCUGUUUUCGGCAAUAUACACUAAUCGAGGACUUACGAGGACAUUUUAUUGAAUACCACAAAUGCACACCAAGAGUUGCAGAAAGUUCUUCGACAGAGGGAAAAUCUGUAGAAUUAACUAAUAAAGUUUGUCAAACUAUUGAGACAGGGGGGGAAGCUCAAAAAGAGGAGUGUGUGAAACUGGAAAUACGGCCAAUGCCAUUUAAAAACUUUCGAAUUGUGUUACGUUCCAAAAUGAUGAAGGGUUGUCCUGUGACGAAGUCAUGCCCUUAUAAAUUUGAAAACGAAAUAAAACUUUCAUUGCAUACUAAAUGUCAUACUUGCCCAAAUGCGGCUCAGAAAUUCAAAUGUUAUGAGUGUAGUGUAGAACUGACAACUUGGAGACGUUGCACUGCACAUCUGUGGAAAGCACAUCAAAUAGACGUGGACCUAUUACAAUGUCCACAAUGCGAGUACAAAGCGCAUGCGUCUGUACUUGUUUGGCGCCACAUGCGGGCCCACAAAAAGUGGCGAAUGCGUGUUCUACGCUCUUUACGCGCAGUUCAGCGCAAACGCUUACAGCAAGACUUGAAAAAUUGCGAUGUGAACGUGGGUCAAACAGCCCCGGUGAAUAAAAAUAAGUAUUAUGCAGAGAAGACUUGUGAAAUAUGUAGUCGGAAAUUCGUAAAUGGUAAAACACUUUCAAAACACGUUAAAGCGGUGCAUAACAAAAUUAAACCGUUUAUAUGCAAUGUGUGUGGCAAAAAUAUGGCGCGUAAAGCCAGUUUGAUUAUCCAUAUGCGCCAACAUACGGGUGAAAAGCCACUACAUUGUAAGGUCUGUAAAUUUUCGACCAGAGAUCCUAGCGUGUUACAUAAGCAUCAGCUGCGCCAUGAGAAGACGGAAAAAUUAAAAUGCAAACACUGCGACUUCUCCUGCAUUCAAACCAGCGCAUAUAAACGACAUAUGCGUUUGAACCAUUCGGAGGAAUAUAAAAAAAUCGCAUGUGACUUGUGUAAUUAUGUUACUAUAAGCUCAGAGCGUCUACAGGCCCACAAAAGUGAUCAUCUCAAAGGUUUAAUUGUUAAUCACGAAGACUCUAUGGAUGCCACCCGCUCCGGCACUUCGAAAAAUCUCCACAAAUUACGGAACAAAAAUGAGAUGUCUGCUGAUUGUUUUUUGCCAAUUGAAAGUAUUGAUUCACUGCCGCAUGAGCCAGCUGUAGAUACCGGUGGUGUAACCAUACCCGCACCUUCGGAAGAUACACAGUUUCCCACUUAUUUAAAUAACUGAUAUGCAAAGUAAUUUUUUCUUUAUAAACAUUUCUUUAUUUAUUUCAUUUCUUAUGAUAUGAUUUCAACUUUCAGAAUAAUUAUUUUUAAUUUUAUUUAAUAUUUUUUUUGUAAUUUACUGCACUAAGUCUGAAAAAAUCUCGCUAAAUAUUGGUAUGUUUAAUUAUGAACUUUAUUUCUGUUUGAUUAUUUUCGCAGAUUACUGAUCAAAUUUAGUGUAUUUAUUUUUAAUAAAUUGUAAGUUUAAAAAUUUGGA